CGCCGUCAUCCUAAGAGAGAGGAAGGAGAAAAGGAGCUCAUUAGAUAGGCGAAGAUGAAGAUAAGAGCAGAGGAGCAGGCGGCGAAGAAGAAGAAGUUAGAGGAGGAGAUGAAGAAAUUGCAGCAAGAGGAGGAAGAGAGAAUGAAAGCUGCAGUAGAAGAAGAGAUUGAAGAGGAGGAGGAGCCGAAAGAAGAGCCCCUCCGAAGAAAAGGCAUGGGGGGAAGAGGAGAGAGCAGUGGCACGAAGGAAGAUGACCCCUGGGUACGAAAGAGGAUAUCCGAGUGGGUGGCUAAUUUAUCGUUAGGAGAAGAUGAGGAGGCGAUGCUAUAUAUACCUCAGGAGGAGAAGGAAGCAGCGAUUGGGGAGAUCGAAGCAACGAUGUGUAGAAGAAAGAAGGUAGGCGAGAUUGGAAGCGAGCGUAAAGCGGGAGCCCCCGGAGAGAGGGACAGCGAAGAAGAGGAGGAAGACGACUGGGAGGAAGAGGAGGAGGAGGAGGAGAAGGGAGACGAGGAGGAGGACUGCGACGACGCGGAGGAGGAAUAAUCAUUAAGAUGAUAAAUGAUAAAGAAAUGG